AUGGUACUGGAAGAUUUUAACACCCUACCCCUAAUCAAGUCCAUAAGAGAAGAUAACCUUGAAAAUGUGCUCAAAUUUUUGGUGGAAAAUUACAAAGAAUAUGAGGUGAAUGACAAGGGAGAGUAUACCAGUAAAAUCGAAAUCAUAGACAAGCAGACGCACUCCACACCUUUGUUUUACGUGACGGCGAGGAAAAAUGAUGAAGAAUCGGUAGAGAUAUGUAAGUUACUAAUUGAAAGAUUUGCCAUUUGUAAUCCCACGGCAAAAGAUUUAAUGAAACAGACUUGCUUGUUUUAUGCUGCCAGAGAAGGGCAUACCAAUUUAUGUACGUAUUUAAUUGAAAAGGGUUGUAACCCUAAUGACGCGGAUAAUUUUGGACAAACGUGCCUUUUUUAUGCUUCAAGAGAAGGGAAGACUGAAUGUGUGGAGACUUUAAUAAAGAAAGGGGCCAACCCUAACUUGCUAGAUUUGAAUAAACAGACUUGUUUGUUUUAUGCGUGCAGGGAUGGGCGAUACGACACCGUGAAGUGCCUGCUGGAGAACGGGGUGAACCCCGCCAUCAAGGACGCGCAGAGGCGAACCGCUUUGACCUUCGCCAAGGGGAAUGGGCACAACAACAUUAUCAACUUGCUCAAGAGUGCGGGGACCCUCAGCAAGCCGUCUGCGGAGGCGGCCACCACAAAAAACGCAGCUGGUGCCCAAGGAGGGAAGGUGAAGAGUGAAGGAAACGCAGUUGCCAGCACCCCCGGGGAUCCCAACAGUAAUGCCAACGCGCUGCGAAAGAAGUAUAAGCUGCAGUACCGGCCGCUGGAGGAAGAAGACCCGCAGCUGUGGGUGGACGCGCCACUGAUCAAGUUAAAAGAAUUUGAGAGGAAGUUCCCCGACAUAGCCUUGUGGCCAAGGAACGUGACCACCACUCCAAACGUAGAAGUGAACCACUCAAAUGAUCCCUUCAACAAGCAGUGGUACCUUUUAGCCAACCAAAUAAUUCAGAGCCUAAGCAAAUACGAAGGGGGGCAUAUCUUCGAAAAGCUAGUAGACGCGAAAAAACAAAACUGUCCAGAUUACUACGAUGUUAUAAAAAAUCCAAUGUCAUUUAGUUGCGUAAAAACUAAAUUGAAGAAGGGUCAAUACGGGUUGCCGACUGAAUUUAUUAAAGACGUCCAAUUAAUUUUUGAUAAUUGUAGCUUGUAUAAUACGUCUGGGUCCCUUGUUGCCAUUACGGGGAAGAACAUCGAGGCUUAUUUUAACAACCAGUUAAUCGUGACAGGGUACAAUAACUUCGUCACCAAGGCGAACACCAUAAAUGAGCGUUUGCAAAAGGUGGAAGAUGAAAAUGUCAAGUGGAGUGCCGAGCGGGAGCAGCCGGGCGAGGAGAACAAGGAGCAGCAGCCAGUCGCACCGACCGUGUGA